AUGGGUUCUUUGCAUGAAUUUGAGGCGUUCAUCCUGCUGGGCCUAGCUCACCUCAGCGCUCUUAACAAACUGGCUUUGGGCUUUACACUUCUAAUUUUGAUGUUGUCAUUAACUGCGCUUCUGUUCACACACAGUCAUUUCAGGGAUCAGAAACUUGUUCCAAAUGUCUUCGUUGUAGGAGGGGAUGAUGCACAGAGCAUCAAGGCAAACCGAGAGCGUUUUCGUAAACAAGCCAAGGAAAUGCUCGAGGAAGGAUACAAGAAGACCGGAGGCGGUUUCUUCUACGUCCCAAGUCCGCUCGGGGAGCGGCUCAUGAUACCGACAAAAUAUUUAGAGGAAUUGAAAACAGCCCCAAUUGAUCACGUUGACUUUGUUGCUACUUUCAUUGAAAUGUUUGAAGGAAAGUAUACAACCAUGGGAAGCCGCUCAACUCUGCAUCCUCGGGUUGUGAAAGGCCAACUCAAUCACCAUUUAGCCGAAAUCAUGCCAGCAGUCCAGAAAGAAAUUCACGAUGCUUUCUGCGAUGUAUUUCCAACUUGUGUAGACUGGACACCUGUUCAAGUUGUGGAUUCUCUUACUCGAAUUGUGGCAAGAGUGUCCAGCUGCAUGUUUGGUGGCACGGAAUUGUCCCGUAACAAAGAAUGGGUUGAGUCAUCUAUAAGCUUUGCAAUUGAUGGCUUCAUUGGCGCACAGAAGCUCAAAGGCUACCCUGAGUUUUUGAAGCCGAUUGUGGCACGAUUCAUUCCGGAGAUCCAAAAGAUCGCAGGACACUAUGCCGCUGCCGAAGCAGCAGCUAUUCCAUUACUUGAGGCACGACGGCGCACCGGGGAAGCAGCGGCUGAUCUCUUAUUCUGGAUGGAAAAACAAGCCAUAAACGAAGAGCAUGAUUCGAAGUUUCUGGCUAGCAUUCUCCUCAAAGUGAGUUUUGCUGCAAUACAUACAAGCGCGGCAGCACCUGCUCAGCUGGUUUACGACUUGUGCGAGAGACCUGACUAUAUUGAACCUUUGCGGGAAGAAAUUCGCAGUGUUGCCGACUGUGAUGGGUUCAUCGACAAAUCUGGGUUCCUUGGCAUGACAAAAAUGGAUAGUUUCAUGAAGGAAAGCCAACGAUUUAAUCCCCUUCUCCUCAUUACUUUCGAGAGAGUCGUCCAUCGACCAUUCACAUUGUCAUCGGGAUUUACGAUCCCAGCUCAUACCACGAUUGGUGUUCCAACACAGGCAAUUAAUAUGGAUAAGUUACUUUAUCCAAAUCCCGAAACCUUUGACCCAUUUCGCUUCUCUAAGCUUAGAAAGGAGCAACCAGAAAUGGAUGGCCGCGCUCAGUACGUUUCGUCAAGCUCGUCCUCGUUGAGCUUCGGAUACGGUAGGCACGCUUGUCCAGGACGUUUUUUCGCGGCACAGGAGAUCAAAGCCAUAAUGGCUUUUCUGUUGCAGAAUUUCGAUAUGCGGUUUACCUCAGGACAGAGUCGCCCAGAAAGCAUGCGCGUGGAAACACAGUUUCUUCCGGACCCAAUGGCAACAGUGGAAUUCAAGAGACGGCAAUGA